UUUUUCAUAUGGGUUCUUAUAAAUAUUAUAUUAUUUAACUUUCACUAUUUAGUUUUACACUAAAUCUAAAAGCUUAACAUUUAUUAUUACAUAUUUUAGUUUGUAAUUGAUACAAAAAUGAUAUUCUUAUAUGAAAAAAUGUAUUUUGGACAAAUCUUUUUUAUAUUCUUUAACUUAUAUAGUAAUAGCAUGCAAUUAAAUUUCAAAUGGCCAGAAAGUCAUAUACAGUUAACUCCUUGUCAUUCAACAUAUACAAUAUCUUCAGGGAAUUAUGUGUUAGACUAUGAUUCAAAAGUAACUGGGAAUUAUCACAAUGAUUGCACUUUUUUAAUAGAAGGCCCACCAGGAACACAGGUUCAAUUGAAUGCAACAAUUACGAUAUUAAAUAAGACAAAUGAAGAUGAAUGUAUGGACUGGAUUAAGUUUUACGAUUUCUAUAGUAAUACAACAUUAGUACCUUUAGGAGAAUAUUGUAAAUCAACAAAUCUAACCAAUUUAUUAACAUUUUCAAAUAUCAUGUAUAUUGUUAUUAAUAUUUCACCAACCGAUUUAUUUCAAUUAAGUAUAAUUACUUAAGUUUAGAUAGUUUUUAAAACUAGC